GGCCAAUGGGAGGCGGGGGCGUGGCUAGCCCGGCCAGGCCGGCGCGGCUCAAUGGGGCCCUGCGGGAAGCUCUGCCCAGUGUGUGCUUUGCAGAGGACUCUGGCUUGUGAAGCGUUACCCGGCUGAGCUGGAACGGAAACAGGGCAGUGCCAGCCCCUCCUGGUGCUAAAAAGGCUCAGAAGAGAGGGCCACGAUGGAGGAUGUGUAUUUGGCGUCGGUGGAGACGGAGCGGGGCGUGAAGGAGCAGCUGAGGCUGUACGACACCAGGGGGCUGCAGGACGGGGUGGAGCUGCCCAAGCACUACUUCUCCGUGGCCGACGCCUUCGUGCUGGUGUACGCCGUCACCAGCCUCCAAGCUUUCCAGAGGGUUGAGCUGCUCAAGAAGGAGAUUGACCUCUUUAGAGACAAGAAGGAGGUAACAGUUAUUGUCCUGGGAAACAAAACUGACCUCCUGGACCAAAGAGAAGUGGAAACAGAAGCAGCCCAGCAAUGGGCAAGGGCCGAGAAGGUGAGACUGUGGGAAGUGACUGUGACGGAUCGAAAAACACUGCUGGAACCCUUCACCUUCCUGGCCAGCAAACUCUCCCAGUCACAGAACAAAUCAACAUUUCCCUUGCCUGGAAGGAAGAGCAAAGGGAAUAACUGUGAUAACUGAGCUACCUUGGCAUUGUCUGCUGCUGCCAGGCCACAGCCUAGGUCCUUCCUGUGCCAUUUGCUUCUUACAGUUGCACUUACAGCAAUAAUCUCACUCAGCAAUAAAAUCAGCAAGCUUAUGGUUAAGAGGUAUCCUUCCUUCUCCCAGACUUGCCUUGGAAACCUCACUGGUGGUAAAAGCCUUUAAAAGCACUUCAUGAAGAGAGUUAUUUUACAAGGGUCAUAGAUGAGGGACAGGUGGACAGCUCUCUAGCAGGGACUUUGUACUGUGAUGCUGAAGGACAAGCCAACAAGCUUCUUAAGCAGCCCCCCUGCAGAUCUGUAGCCUCUAGUCACGAAGAAAGCAUUCGGUUUGGAGAGAGGCUGUGGCUCAAGUGGCAACACUCCUUUUACCUUGACCUUAAAGUGGUCCACAGGGCGUGUUGAUGAUGCAGGAGGCUGAGGUCAGAGUGGUUUUGCAGGAGUAGGGUUUGUGGCAGGAGGAACAAGUACCAGCUGAUGUAGCCACUUGAGUUCUGCUAGUGACUGGAGGUAAAGGAAAAACCAAACCCAGCCAACCAACAAGCCCCAGCAAGUUUUGUGGGAGACUCUAGAACAGAUCCUACUGGGACAUGAAGCUUGUCAGCAAGGCCUGGCAAGCAGUACUUUCAGCUCAGGAAUGUAUUUGUACGAGCCAGGAGGGCUCCCGGAGCGCUCAUUACCUGCGACCUGAAGAACGAGAUAGCUCCAUGUGAUUUUGAUCAGCAUGGCCAGUACAAGUCAGUCACAUUCACAUGGGUGAUCAUUUUGUUGAGAAACUCCACAGAGCAGGAAGGACACUGCCUGGGCCCUGCUUAGUACAUUGCACAAUACUCCCAGCGCAGCCAUCCAGCCAAGCCGCAGUCAUCCACCCUCAGGAUGAAGCUACAGGCCAGACAAGAACUGCUGCUUUGUGAGAGGGGAGCUAGGGGGUGUAGGGGCUGCCUUCUGGGAACAUCCCCAUGACAAACACCCAGCAAUACCUCUGCAGAUGGUCUUACUAUGCUGAGCAUCGUCCAGCAGCAGGAGCACAACUGCACGUGGCUACCUGUGCUUUGAGACUCCAUG